AUGGACGUAAACACAUGCUGUGAUAAUCAGAACUACGAAAUACUCGUAGAAAUAGGGGAAGGCGCUUAUGGAAAAGUGUACAAGGCCAGAGAGGUGAGAGAUCAACAGCGACUGGUUGCUGUGAAGAAGUUGAAUAUCCCAAAAGAUCCUGAUGGUGGAAUUCCGCCAUUCAUGAUCCGCGAAGUUGCCGUCUUACGUAAAAUCGAGUACUUCAACCAUUCCAACAUUGUUAAGCUGUUGGAUGUGUCAGCUGUAAUGCGGGGCAGGAGCAUGGACCUGACGCUGGUGUUUGAGUACAUUGAUCAGGACCUGUCCGCAUUUCUCGCCAAGGUUCCCAACACUGGUCUGAGCCUGGACAAAAUUAAGGAUGUGAUGAGGCAGCUACUGCAGGGGCUGGACUUCCUGCACGUCAACAUGCUGGUGCAUCGAGACCUGAAGCCAGACAACGUCCUGAUAAGCAGCCUUGGAGAAGUCAAGAUCGCUGACUUUGGAAUGGCACGGAUCUACACAUAUCACAUUGCCCUUACCCCUUGUGUGGUGACCCUGUGGUACAGAGCCCCUGAGGUGCUGCUUCGCUCCAGCUACAUGACCUCCGUGGACAUGUGGAGCGCAGGCUGCAUCUUCGCGGAGCUCUUCCUCUUGAGACCACUGUUUUCUGGAUACACUGAGAUGCAACAGCUCCAGAAAAUAUUCGAGGUGAUAGGCUUGCCCAGUGAGGAGGACUGGCCAGUGGAGAGUCCCAUCUCCUACUCCCCUAAAUUGGCCUCAGGUGCCACCUGUACCCAGCUGCUGUCAACUCUGGGCCAGGAAGAUAAUGACCUUCUUUUUCAGUGUCUAGCGUUCAAGCCGACCAAUCGCAUCUCAGCCUCCAGAGCUUUGACCCACCCCUUCCUGCUGGGCUCCUGA